GAUGGAGAUGACCGUGUGUGAGUAGAUUGCGGCAAGGCCACCUCUGUGACUUCCGCCAUGACUGCAGGGGAUCAAUCAUGCAAGCAGACUGCUGCUGAUUCGUCCACGCUCUGCAGCUCACAAUUCACUCAAUCGAUGGCUAAUCAGGUACCUAACCCAAUGUCUCAGGGUCCAUUACCUUCAGGUAAUGAGAUCUGUGCAGAUCGGCCUUCGUUUAUUCACUCCAAUCCUGUCUCUACUGGUCCGAUUCCUCUUAGGAGGAAACGAGGGAAGCAUGGCCCUGAAGCAAGGAUUGCUCCUUUGGAGGAAAAUCCUGUUACGCAGGCAAUGAAGUCCUAUAUCAAUCGACUCGGUGAACCUGUUUUCUUGCCUGCUGUUGGAAUGGAGUUCAACUCAGCCAAAGAAGCUAAGGAUUUCUACAAUUUAUAUUCAUGGGAAAUUGGUUUUGGCAUCAGAAAAGGAAGAAAUAGAACCAACGAAAAUAACUACAUGACAAGGCAAGACCUUGUCUGUUCUUGUGAGGGACUUCCUACCAACAUCAAUGCUUCAUCCUGUAGGACUGGAUGCAAAGCUAUGAUCAGGCUUCAUCGCAGCAGUGAUCAUGGAUGGGUCAUUAGCCGUGUUGAGACCAAGCAUAACCAUCCCCUGUCUGCCACAUACGGGGAGAACAAACAAUGGCCUUCUCAUAGCGAGAUUGAUCCAAUGACCAAGGAUUUUGUUCAAAAGCUCCGUGAGAAUAAUAUACCUAUAGGCCGGGUUUGCAGCAUACUAGGUGUCCAUGGCUGUCAAGCAGUCCAGCCAAUCAGAAGGGAGGCUGUGAGAUCUUUGUGUGCUAGAUUAGCGCAGGAAAAUAUAAAGGAUGACAUAGGGAAGACUGUGAAGUUGCUUCAAGAGAUGAAGCGCUCCGAUGUUGGUAUGGACAUAACUUUUGCUGUUGAUGAUGAUGGCAAGAUUACAUCCUUGUUGUGGUGCACUGGCAAGAAUAGGUCUGACUAUGCCAAGUUCGGUGAUGUGGUGACGUUUGAUACAACAUAUCGUACAAAUCUGUACAACUUGCCGUUUGGUCUAUUUGUUGGAGUUAAUAACCACUUUCAAUCCAUUGUUUUUGGCGGGGUUUUAUUGACUUCUGAGAGGAUUGAAGACUUUGAGUGGUGUUUCAACAAUUUUGUAGAGAUAAUGGGUGGUAAGGCCCCGACGACAAUUCUCACAGAUCAAUGCCAAGCUAUGGCUUCCGCUAUAAAGUCCACCUUGAAGAACACCAGACACCGGUGGUGUCGGUGGCAUGUUCUUAGGAAAACCAAGCAAAAAGUUGGGCCGCCGUACAGCAAGCAUAGCAAUUUUAAGAAAGAGUUCAAUAAACUUGUCACCGAAGAAACAAUGGUCAAUAGGUUUGAAAGGAAGUGGAGGCAGCUAAUCCGGAAGUACAAUCUUGAAAAUAACCAAUUCCUGCAAAGAUUGUAUAAGUACAGGUCAAAGUGGGCGAAGCCCUACUUUAUGGAUAUUUUCUGUGCUGGCAUGACUAGUACCCAACGAAGUGAGAGUGCCAAUCAUAUGCUAAAGCAAUUUAUUCAGAGAUCUGCACCGAUGCAUAUGUUUGUACGAAAGUUUAAUGAAUUUCAAAUGGACCGAAAUGAUCAAGAAGGAAAGGAAGUGCAUCUCACAAAACAGAUGCGUAGGAAGCGUCGUGUCGGCGUGCCCAUUGAGCGACAUGCUGAGUCUAUAUACACCAGGAGGAUGUAUGAUAAGUUCUACAAUGAGCUAUAUUCAUCAGGCGGAUACGUCAUCAAAAGCAAGGACAAUGAUGGCAAUUUUGAAGUUGCUCAUUCAUACACUGAUGGCAAUCCAGAUCAAGUGUGUUAUAAGGUCCGCUAUGAUGGUGGUGACAACGUUUAUUGUCAGUGUGGUCUGUAUGAGCACAUGGGAAUGCUUUGUCGGCAUUCGUUAAAGGUACUAGUACACCUCGAUGUUAAGGAGGUACCCAGCGGAAAUAUCAUGCCUAGGUGGCUGAAGAAUGAUCCUGAACCUGAGACAUCUAUAUCUGCAACUAGAAGACCCGAUAUUUCUGGUGCAUCUGUUAAUGUGUUGAAGAAAAGGGCUCUACUAAAUUGCAUUCUUCAGGUGGCUUAUGGACCCGACGACAUAAGUGAUGAAGCAUUCACACAAGCAAUGUCAGUAGUGGAUUCCUUGGUGGUGCGCACAACCAGCAGUUCUACUGCUACCUUACAGUCACCCAUAACUGAUAAUAACACAAAUUAUAAGCAGUCAGUUGCACCACCUAGUGUGCCAAUGCCGAAAUCUAGCUCUACAAUUCGUUGCCCAGAUAGGCCUAUUAACACUGGAAGACCUCCUCACUCCACGUUGAAAUCAUGGAAGGAUCAGCAGAAGCGGGCGCGUUGUGCCAGCACCGAUGAAGAGAACCCAAGGGAAGCGAAGACACGCCGUAUUGUUGAUGUCAUGGCAUUCGAGUAGACACCUGUCGGUUCCAGCUACUUUGAUCUUCAGCAGUUUCCACACUUUUGUUAUAUUUUGAUUCCAUUAGGUGUAUCACGGACGCAGUACCUACUUUCUUCCCUUCGAUCUGAACUUCGUCGAUGUAAAUAUCAGUAUGUUAUUAUGGAUCUGAACCUGUGCUUUGAUUAACUUUUCAUUUAUAUUUGCAUUUUGCUACAUACUCUGUUUAGGAAAACAUGAGUUCAUUUAUAUUUAUUUAUUUAUUUAUCUCGAAGAGAGACUCCAUGUCUGUGUGCUGCCACAGCUGUGCUGUUUUUUUUCCUCACAAGAGGUCUCUCAGAUGCAUUCU